UGGCUGCUGUGGCUUCAGACUGUAGACUAUACAUCUUGUUUCAAUUCUCUGUCUCUAUUUCCACUCACCAUUCUUCCCAUAAAUGAAAGAGAAGAACCAACACAACGGCUCAGCUCAUUGUUAUCUCUAUCUAGACUUACAAUGUUGCCAAGGUUACUAAGGACAGUUAGCCGGGGGUUCGUGGAUAACGAGUAACAAAGUCAAUUAUGACACACGGCUUUGCUCAUGCCAUUAAAGCAAAGCCCUCGUAACAGUAUCUUCUCCUUCCUUUCCUCCGAGUCCAGGCUAAGCCCAAGCUGUACUGUGGUGACAGCUGUGUUUGAGCAACCAUGCUUAGGGGUCAGUAGGUCAGGCUUGAGAUAUUGGUGAGACUCAAAGCCUCUAGUCCCAUCUCUGUUGACACGCUUCAUUGAAUAAAUGCCCCCAUCAUCCUUCCCGAAACGCCUCUCUUUACAGGAUUAGGCUCUGACAAACAUCUCUUUAUUCUGCAUCCGAGGCUUCACCACCCCCGCCGUCACCUACAGUGUCCUGUAACGUUUGACUGGGCGAACUGUGAGGAUGUUUCCGUCACGGGUCCGGCGGCCAAUGGCUUCUGCCCCAGCUGUGACCUUACCACUUACAUCCAAUGACAGCGGGCUCAAAUGCUACUGUAACGCCCAGGAUUCACCCCCCGCGUUUAAAACCCUACAUCUAGGGUUCCGCCGCCCCAAAAAGCCAAGUGUCAAUACUCAGAGAACAGUAUCACAUACUGCUGGAAAGAACACGAAAGCAAAUAAGGACAGACAGAAAUAGGACUAGUUUUGGCACAAAUCCAAAGAAGAUUUUCCAAAAGCACUUAAGAGGAGUUGUAAACCUAAGGAGACAAUUAUGCAGACUUUAAUUCUGACUUUAUUUAGUCUGCAGACAGUGAUGGGAAAAGGACACUGGUGUGAACACACGGUGGAGGAGAGAGUGGAGCGGGUCAUGUCCCCACGUCUGCAGCUUGAAGUAAGCUGUUCUGAGGUGUACCAGUUUAACAUCCAAGGCUGGAGGCUGGAUGUGGACAGGAUGCGCACCAGGCACGGGGGAGAUGACGGCAUCGCGCUGUACUACAAACACCAGGGGCCCAAGGCAUCCUGUUUCUUGUACAAACCCCCAGAGAUGGAGACCCAGGUGGUGAACAAGACAGUGAGGGCCUGCUGUGAGGGCUGGGGUGGACCACGCUGCUCUGAGGGCGUAGGUACGCGUGGUCGGUGCUACUCUACGUGGAGUUGUGAGGAAUUCCCCGGAGUUCAUAACUCCUCACUCAUGCCCAUGGAGCAGUGCUGCAGCAGCUUGUGGGGACUGAGUUGGAAAAAUGCCUCUGACCAGACCUGCUUGUCCUGCAGCUACACUCUACUUCCAGACUCCCAGUCUUCUCCUCUGGUGCGUAGCGGCCUGCUGGGCAGUGCCAGGGUCCCUCAAGGCUCGGCCACCUGCAUGUCCUGGGGUGGAGCUCACUACCGCACUUUUGACAGGAAGCACUUCCAUUUCCAGGGGAGCUGCACCUACCUGCUGGCCUCAUCCACCGAUGGCACCUGGGCUGUUUAUAUCAGCACAGUCUGUGAUGGGAGAGGAGACUGCAGUAAGGUGCUGAGGAUGAUGCUGGGGCUUGAUUUGGUUUCAGUUCGUCACAGGAAUUUAACCUUGAACGGCAAGCCUGUUCCAAACGGAGAGCCACUUUUCCAGAAUGGAGUAAGCGUGCAUUGGCUGGGGGACUUUGUGUUUGUGGAGAGCGGUCUAGGUGUGAGGCUGAAGUUUGACCUGGCUAACACUGUGUACCUGACGGUGACCACCGAGCACCUUGCAGCCACCCGGGGGCUCUGUGGAAUUUACAACAACAACGCUGACGAUGAUUUCACCACAAUGGCUGGAGCUGUGUCCCAGUACGCCGCCAGCUUUGGCAACUCAUGGAAAGUUCCUGACCAGAACAACGAAGCCUGCAGCGAUGCGGCCGAGCUCGGUCACAGCUGCGACGUUGCAGGAGACCCGGCUCUUCGAAGGCAGGCAGAGUCAGCGUGUCACCGACUGUUGGAAAACCCCUUCACACACUGCCACCCUAGGGUGGACCCAGCGGCCUACAUAGACACUUGUCUUUACCUGUACUGUAGCCUGCCACCCAAAGAGAAGGAGGCUGCAGUAUGUGACACGCUGGCCAGUUACUCCAGAGAGUGUGGCCAGCAGCACGCCGUCAUAACAUGGAGGACGGUCACGCUAUGUGGACGUGUCUGUCCCAGAGGUCAGGUGUUCUCCGAUUGUGUGUCCUCCUGUCCCCCCAGCUGUUCUUCCCCCCAGCCCCAGCCUGCCGCAGCCAUGAGCCAGUGCAGGGAGGAGUGCGUCAGUGGUUGCGAGUGUCCUCCAGGUCUCUACUUUCACCAGGGACUCUGCCUGAAAAGAGACGAUUGUCCCUGUUUCCAUAGAAGGCACACCUAUCAGUCAGGGGACAGGAUACAGCAGAGAUGCAACACCUGUGUGUGCAGAGGAGGUCAGUGGCAGUGUACUGCGGAGAAGUGUGCCGCCCAGUGCACUCUGAUGGGGGCUCUACAGGUGACCACUUUUGACAAAAAGAGGUAUUCCCUGCAGGGUGGAGGUUGUUCUUUCAUUGCUGUGGAGGACUUUGUCGACCGGAAGCUGGUGGUGAGUGUGCGCUGUGGGGAGUGUGCAGCAGGAGGAGUGGAAGGUGGAGGAGGACUGGGUUGUCUAAGAGAACUUUCAGUCACAGCACUACACACCACAGUCACCAUAACAGAUACAGGCACAGUGACGCUGAAUGGCCAGAGGGAGAUGUUGCCUGUUGUGACUGGGGACCUGGUGGUGCGCAGGGCCUCCUCUUUAUUUCUCCACAUUCAGGUGUUUGGAUCUCAGAUACUCUGGCUCCUUAAUGGACCCUUGGUCCUUGUCACCCUGCAACCGGGCUUUGCAAACAAGGUGCGAGGCCUUUGCGGAACGCUGACCUGGAACCAGCAUGAUGACUUUACCACACCAGAAGGAGACGUGGAGAACAGCGUGUCAUCCUUUGCCACCAAAUUCACAACAGAGCACUGUGCUCUGCCUGGAGGAGCUCCACCCGAUCCCUGCUCCACCUACACUCAGAGGAGACAGCACGCGGAGACAGUGUGUGCCAUCAUACACAGCUCUGUCUUUCAGGUGUGCCACGACGUGGUGGAGAGAGAGCCUUAUUUCCGUCUCUGUCUGUCAGAGAUUUGUGGAUGUGCUCCACAGAGGUCCUGUCACUGCACCGUCCUCACGGCCUACGCCCGACACUGUGCUCAGGAGGGUGUUGCAGUCCACUGGCGCAACCACACCUUCUGUCCGGCCCAGUGCUCAGGGGGUCAGGUAUACCAGGAGUGUGGUCACGCAUGUGGGGGCUCCUGCUCCGACCUGCGACAUGGCUGGAGCUGCGAUGACAGUGAGGAUGGUGGAAUGGGCCGCAGAAUGUGCGUUCCGGGAUGUCAGUGCCCACCACGGCUCAUGCAGGACCACCAGGGCCAGUGUGUUCCCAUCACCUUGUGCCCCUGUGUGCAAGGAGACAAGACAUAUCCUCCUGGGGCUGUGGUUCAGAACAACUGUAACACCUGUGUGUGUGAACGGGGGCUGUUUAACUGCUCUCAGGAGCGCUGUGAGGAGGUGAACCAGUGUCCUGGAUCUCUGGUCUACUCUCCACGCUCCUGCCUCCUGACCUGCUCCAGCCUGGACCCUCCUGGCCAACAGCAGGAGUCUGGUGUGACACAGUCAAACUGCAGAGAGCCACUAUCUGGCUGCGUCUGUCCUCAGGGAACUGUCUUACUAGGUGAUCGCUGCGUGCUGCCAGACGAGUGCCCGUGUCACCACAAUGGUCGACUUUAUUACAGCAACGACACCAUCACUAAGGACUGCAACACAUGUGUGUGCAAGGAGCGACGCUGGCACUGCAGCCAGUCCGUCUGUGCUGGCGUAUGCGUGGCAACCGGCGACCCGCACUACGUGACAUUCGACGGACGCUGCUACUCUUUCCUGGGUGACUGCCAGUACGUGCUGGCGAGGGAGACCAGCGGUUUGUUCAGCGUCACAGCGGAGAAUGUGCCGUGUGGGAGCACCGGGGUCACAUGCACAAAGUCAGUCACCCUCAGCCUUGCAAACACCGUCAUACACCUGCUGAGAGGCAAAGCUGUGACAGUAAACGGGAUGCCAGUCACGUUGCCAAAGUCCUACAGUGGCAGCGGCCUGACUUUGGAAAGAGUUGGCCUGUUUGUCUCCCUCUCCUCCCGACUCGGGGUCACUUUGCUGUGGGAUGGAGGUAUGCGUGUUUAUGUGCGUUUGGCGGCCCACCUGCGGGGUCGGGUCGGGGGUCUUUGCGGCAACUUUGAUGGCGACACAGAGAAUGACUUCACAACACGGCAGGGAAUCGUGGAGUCUACGGCCGAGCUGUUCGGAAACUCCUGGAAGGUCAGCCCCUCCUGCCCCGAUGUGUCAAACCAGGACCUUCGAGACCCGUGUGCCCUGAAUUCCCACAGGGUGACGUGGGCCAGGAAAAGAUGUGCAGUUCUAACUCAGGAGCUCUUCUCACUGUGCCACCCUGAGGUUCCCUUCCAGCAGUACUAUGACUGGUGUGUCUUUGAUGCUUGUGGCUGUGAUGCAGGUGGCGACUGUGAGUGCCUCUGCACAGCCAUCGCAGCCUACGCUGAGGAGUGCAACCGUCGAGGGGUCUACAUCCGCUGGAGGUCCCAGGAGCUCUGCCCUCUACAGUGUGAGAAUGGGCUGGUAUACGAUCCCUGUGGUCCAGCGUGCUCUCUUUCUUGUCCAAGCGUUCAGCAGAAUCCGCACUCCCAGUGUGGAGUUCUCUCCUGUGUGGAGGGUUGCUUCUGUCCUGCUGGCACUGUCCAACAUGGGGACAGCUGUGUAGUGUCCACCCAGUGUCCAUGUGAGUGGGAGGGCUCCGUGUUUCCCCCUGGAACCACUGUCACUCAACACUGCCAGAACUGUUCCUGUGAGGAUGGUUUUUGGCAGUGUGACGGCGUGGCUUGCCCGCCUCCCUCCCCUGCCUGUCUGGAGUCAGAGUUUGCCUGUGCUGGGGGGCGCUGCAUCCCCUCUCAUUGGGUGUGCGACAACGAGGACGACUGUGGUGAUGGUUCGGAUGAGGUCUGCCCAUCCACCUGCUCCCCAGACCAGUUCCGCUGCACCAGCACACCAAGUGGUCCAUGUUUGAACCUGGCUCUGCGUUGUGAUGGCCACCCAGACUGUGCCGACCAAUCGGAUGAGGAGUUCUGCGGACCUGUGACCCCUCUGCCCUUGUGCCCGCCCGGGGAGUUUCAGUGUGCAAACGGGAUGUGUCUGUCAGCCAGCCGUGUGUGUGAUGGACGGCUGGACUGUGGUUUUGCUGAUGGGUCAGAUGAGCAAGACUGCGGUGUGGUGUGUGACGAAGGGGAGUUCCUUUGUGCUGGAGGCCGCUGUAUUCUCUUCCUCCACCGUUGUGACGGCCAUGAUGACUGUGGGGACCUUAGCGAUGAGAGGGGGUGUGUGUGUGCACCAGGAGAGUUUCAGUGCCCAGGGGACCAGUGCGUCCCUGCUGAUAGAGUGUGUGACGGACACAGAGACUGCCCCUCUGGAACAGAUGAGGCAGUCUGUCCAAGUAAAGUGACCUGUGCUCCAGACCAGUUUGCCUGUAAUGACGGCACAUGUGUCGCCACAACAAAGCUGUGUGAUGGUGUGACAGACUGUCCCGGAAGAGAGGAUGAGAACAGAACCAACUGCUACACCGGUGUCACAACACCAUCUCUCCCACCUGUCACCCCCACCUCAGCUUGCAGGCCCUAUGAGUUCAGCUGUGCCACUGGUGGACAGUGUGUGCCUCAGGCCUGGCACUGUGAUGGGGAGACUGACUGUCUGGAUGGUAGCGAUGAACAGCAGUGCGCAGCUCCAUGUGGCCCUGGCCAGGUGCCCUGCCUCAGUGGGGACCAGUGUGUGAAUUACCAGCAGCUGUGUGACGGGACCCCGCACUGCAAGGACGCUUCGGAUGAGAGUAUCGACAACUGUGGCUCCACUCGAAUACCUCCCUGCCCAGGCAGCUUCCCAUGUGACAACCGCACCUGUGUGAACAUGACACAAGUCUGCAACGGCAUCCCAGACUGUCCACGGGGCGAAGAUGAGUUGGUGUGUGAUAAAACUGUCUCGCCAGCGCCCCCUGGCAGUAGGAACACAACUGUCACCUGCUCUGAAUUCGCAUGCAUGGAUGGAACCUGUGUCCCCUUUAACUUGGUGUGUAAUGGUGUUGCAGACUGCCCAGACUCCUUGCUAGCCCCACUUGGAGCCCCCACAGAUGAGCAGGGCUGCAGGACUUGGAGCUCCUGGGGCCCCUGGAGCCCGUGCAGCACCUCCUGCGGGACAGGCUCCAUGACCCGGAAGAGAUCUUGUCCUCCAGGGGAUCCGCUGCGCCACUGUCGGGGCCAGGACGUCCAGAGGCAGCAGUGCUUCAACACCACCUGCCCUGUGGAUGGACGGUGGCUGCCAUGGGUGAGCUGGUCCAACUGUUCCAGCGGUUGUGGUGGAGUGCAGGUCAGACACAGAGGCUGCAUCUCUCCUCGCUAUGGGGGCAAAGACUGUACCCAGCUCCCUGGGCCAUCCAACCUCCCUAUGGAGAUCGAACCCUGCCCUAAUGAUGGAUGUGCCAACACAAGCUGUCCCACUGGCUUGGUGAGACACAGCUGUGCCCCCUGCCCAGUGUCCUGUGCCCACAUCAGCAGUGGGACUACCUGUGAGCCCCCAGCACCCUGCUUCUCAGGCUGCUGGUGUCCAGAGGGUCAGGUGAUGAGCCACACACAACAAUGUGUGUUACCAGAGGAGUGUGCAUGUGAUGUAGCGGGCCUGCGCUACUGGCCGGGACAACAGAUAAAAGUGGACUGUGAGAUUUGUGUUUGUGAGAGAGGACGACCUCAGAGAUGUCAGCCCAACCCGGACUGCUCAGUGAACUGCGGCUGGUCCUCAUGGUCUGAGUGGGGGGAGUGUCUGGGGCCCUGUGGUGUCCAGAGCAUCCAGUGGUCGUUCCGCAGCCCCAAUAACCCAACCAAGCACGGGGAUGGGAGAACGUGCAGAGGAAUUUACAGAAAAGCCCGCAGGUGUCAGACAGAUCCCUGUGAUGAGUGUGAGUAUCACGGUCAGUCCCAUGCAGUGGGAGACAGAUGGCGGUCAGAGCAGUGCCAGCUAUGCCACUGUCUUCCCAACCUGACGGUGCAGUGUUCCCCCUACUGUCCAUAUGCCGUCACUGGAUGCCCUCAGGGUCUGAGUCUGGUGCCUGGAGAGGGCGACAGGUGUUGUUACUGUCGAGGAGAAAAUGACACUGUACCUGUGACAAUUAGCCCCAUCACCGUGACCUCAAAGUCACCAGAGGGCACUCCUACCCCUCCAGUACCCACAUACCCACUUCCUCCUGAAGAUGAGUGUUGGUCUCCUCUGGGUGUCCAGUCUCUCCCAGCCUCCAGUUUCAGCGCAUCAUCACAGCAGGAAGGUCACCCCCCUGAGGCAGCACGUCUCCACGGUUGGGACUCCCACAGGGACCUCCAGGGCUGGAGUCCGGAACCAGAGGAGUAUAAGGAUCUUCCACAGCGGAGACCUGAGGGCCACACGGGCCACACACAGAGCCCCUACCUGCAGAUAGACCUGCUGAAACCAUACAACAUCACUGGUGUGUUGACCCAAGGCGGUGGUGUGUUUGGCACAUUUGUGUCCAGCUUCUACCUCCAGUUCAGCCAGGAUGGAAAGCAGUGGUACACGUACAAAGAGCUCGUCACUGAUGCCCGGCCCAGACCCAAAGUUUUUCUUGGUAACCACGAUGAUCGAGGGGUGACAGAGAGCAGACUAGACAGGAUAGUGUCGGCUCGGUUCGUCCGUCUCUUGCCCCAUGACUUCCAGAAUGGCAUCUACCUUCGACUGGAGAUCAUGGGAUGUGGUGACGCAGGUGAUCGCUGGUUAACGUCCCCCACCCCUCCCUCACCCGUGUCCCCAGCGGGCGGCUGCAGAGAGAAAGAGUUCAGGUGUGAAAAUGGUCGCUGUGUGCCAGCAGGUCCACUGGGAGUUGUUUGUGAUGGUGUCGAUGACUGUGGGGACGGAUCAGAUGAGAAGCACUGCGGCACGCAGCCUUCUACUACCACCACUAGUCCACGUAGCUGCCCUGCUGGUCAGUACUCCUGCCCCCCACCAGGGGGCUGCAUUGAGGCGGGAAAGCGUUGUGAUGGAAUUCCCCACUGUCCCAGAGGAGAAGACGAAAAUGGAUGCUAUACUCAUGAUAACAUCACCACACAGUCAGACAGGCCUUAUACACCCACUCCUGCUCCUCUGAGGACUCCAUCUAUGGCCGCUGUCACUCAUCCUGCCCUAAAACCAACAAGUGGUGCCCCAGGAUAUCGUGGAAUCUGCUCCUCUCCCCUCGGCCUGGAGGACGGGAGAAUCCAUUACGGUCAGGUGACCUCAUCUUCACAUCGGGAGAACAACCCUGCCGAUGCUGGACGACUGAACAUUGUGCCAAAUGUCCAGGUUAUGGAGCCUGGUUGGAGUCCCUUGCCUACAGAUCCUCAGCCAUAUUUUCAGGUGGACUUCCUGGAGCCCACAUGGGUCUCAGGGGUGGUUACACAGGGCAGUGAGAGGAUGUGGGGCUACCUCACUAAGUACCGCUUGGCAUUUGCUCUGCACAGCAGCCUCUUCACCGACUAUACUGAGAACGGGAAGCCUGAUGGCCCAAUUAAGGUGUUUGAGGUGCGGAUGGUGGGCAGGACCCCUGUGACCCGCUGGCUAGAUCGGCUGGUCAGAGCUCGCUACAUGCGCAUCAUCCCUGUAGAGUUCAGACACACCUUUUACCUGCGUGUGGAGAUCCUCGGCUGCAGAGGAGACGAGCUGGUGACCCCCAGCAGUGUGACCACGUCUUCCUCUGGGGGUGGGAAAGUAACUGUGCAGCGCUGCAGGCCAGGACAGUUUUCAUGCCAGCACAGUAAGGAGUGCAUCCCUGUAUCUGUACUUUGUGAUGGUCGACCAGACUGCAAGGACCAUUCUGAUGAGAUCAACUGUGGUACAGCUCCGACCAGAGGCUUUCCAGGGCUGCAGAACCAGACCACUUCCACAGGGAGACCUGGUUUCCAUGGUAACACUACAACUGGUGCCCCAGGCCUUCAUACCACAACGUCCCAAGGUGGCCGUCCUGGCGUGGCAACAUCAGGGGUCACGGGACCGACGACACUUCGGGUCACAACAGGUCACCCUGGACUGCAUCUCACCACAUCACUCAACUCUGGUAGACCUGGUCUUCAAACCACAAAAGCCCCCUUCACUACUCAUGAUGGCGGCCUACCCAGAGUGCUUUGCGUGGAGGGCCAGUUCUCAUGCUGGUCAUUUGGCUGUGUGGACUCGGCGCAAGUGUGUGACGGGAAACGGGACUGUUUGGAUGGCUCAGAUGAACAACGCUGUGGGACCACAUCCAGGCCUGCUGUGACUCCGCUGCGCCCCCUGGUGCCCAACCCCUGCUCUCCCAAGCAAUUCUCCUGCACCAGCGGGGAGUGUGUGCAUUUGGACCGCCGGUGUGACCUUCAGAGGGACUGUGUGGAUGGAUCAGAUGAAAAGGACUGUGUGGACUGCAUCAUGUCCCCGUGGACAGCAUGGAGCGCCUGCAGCGUCUCAUGUGGUCUCGGUUCCUUGUUCCGGCAGAGGGAUAUAUUGAGGGAGGCCCUACCUGGAGGGACCUGUGGUGGAGCUCAGUUUGAUAGUCGAGGCUGCUUUCCUCAAGCAUGUCCAGUGAAUGGUCAUUGGUCAGAGUGGACGAAGUGGUCGGAAUGUGACGCUCAGUGUGGUGGAGGGGUCAGGCAGAGGAACCGAACCUGCUCCGUUCCUCCUCCUAAGAACGGUGGACGGGACUGUGAAGGCAUGACCCGGCAGAGCCAGAGCUGCAACAACCAGCCGUGCACCAAAGACACAGGCACGCAGACAGGUUGUGUUAAUGGGAUGGUGCUGGUGACAGAGGAGGACUGCCAGGCCGGGAGAGUUGACCCCUGCCCCCCUACCUGUUCACAUCUCAGCUUCACCAGCAACUGUACUGCAGCGUGUACACAGGGCUGUCGGUGUCCCCGCGGCCUGUAUCUUCAUGAGGGACGGUGUGUGAACGCCAGCCAAUGUGUCUGUCACUGGGAAGACAACACCCUGCAGCCAGGACAGAUGAUCAGCAGGGACCAGUGUACCACAUGUUUAUGCAGAGACGGCCAAGUCACCUGUAACACCUCCAGCUGUGUGGCAGCCUGUCAGUGGUCAGCCUGGUCAUCAUGGUCACCAUGUGAUGUAACCUGUGGUCUGGGGCUACAACAACGCUACAGAUCUCCAGUGAUUCCAGCAGGAGCAGCCAGAGUCCAGUCCUGUCCAGGAGACUCCUCUGAGGCCCGUCGCUGCUCCAGCCCGUGCCUCCCUGUCUUACCAGAUGGCGUUUGGAGCAAAUGGACCGGCUGGUCAGAGUGCAGUAAGACGUGUUUCAACCAUGUAGACGAUGUGGGAAUCAGACGACGAUUCCGCAGCUGCAACCACACACUCACCACAUUCAACCACACACAGGCUCUCUGUGAUGGGGACAGUGAGGAGCAAGAGCCUUGCAACACAGUGCAGUGUCCAGUGCAUGGUGGUUGGUCAGCCUGGUCACGGUGGUCUCAGUGUUCUUCAAACUGUGACUCUGGUGUCCAGACAAGAGAGAGAGUCUGUAAUUCACCUGCACCGAAGCAUGGAGGAAAUAGCUGUGCUGGUCCUCACAUACAGACAGGGGACUGCAACUCUCACCCCUGCUCAGGUGUGUGUCCAGAGGGCAUGGCAUACAUGACCGUAGCCGAGUGUGAGGCCCAGGGGGGUGCGUGUCCGCGGGUGUGUUUGGACAUGACGGCCUCAGAGGUCCAGUGUGCCACCGCCUGUUACGACGGCUGCUACUGCGCCCUGGGCUUCUACCUGGUGAACAGCAGCUGUGUGCCCCUGGCACAGUGCCCAUGCUACCACCAGGGGGAGAUGUACUCAGCUGGUGCCUCCCUGCCUGUAGAUGACUGUAAUAACUGUACCUGCACUAAUGGAGUAAUGGAGUGUGGGUCAGUUCCUUGUCCUGUGGACUGCGGCUGGAGUAGCUGGACACAGUGGAGUGCAUGCAGUCGAACAUGUGACGUCGGUGUGAGGAGGAGGUAUCGCUCAGGAACCAACCCUCCUCCAGCUUUCGGCGGUCGUCCCUGCAAAGGAGACAGAGUCGGGAUUGAUACUUGCAGCAUUGAGCCCUGCUUCGGUCUAAAGGAGCCAUGGAGUGCGUGGUCUGCAUGUUCAGUGACAUGUGGAGGAGGCUACAGGACGCGCACCCGCGGCCCCAUCAGAGUUCACGGCACUGCUCAGCAGUUCAGCGCCUGUAACUUGCAGCCCUGUGGUGAAGGCAGGGUGUGUCCUCCAGGCCAGGAGUGGAAACAGUGUCUGGAGGGAGCAGUGUCAUGUGCAGAACUCACGAUGGACCUCAGCAGGAACUGUACCCCAGGCUGCCAGUGUCCACAAGGAACUGUCCAGCAGGAUGGUGCGUGUGUGCGGGAGUCUGACUGUCGCUGUGACGUUGACGGAAAGCAGCACAAACCAGGAGACAUCGUCCCCUCAGACUGCAACAACUGUACGUGUGAAGGAGGAAGACUGGUGAACUGCUCUCGAUUCAGCUGUAAUGUUGAUGGCCAGUGGUCUCUGUGGACUCCCUGGGGCCAGUGCUCAGUCUCGUGUGGAGCUGGUCUCCAGUCUCGGUACCGAUUCUGUUCCAACCCCAAGCGCUCUGGCAGUGGGCUCCCAUGUCUGGGCCCUCUCAGAGAAGACCAAGUCUGCAUCAUUGCCCCAUGUGACCGUGAUGGUGGCUGGGGUCACUGGAGUGACUGGACAGACUGUACCAAGUCAUGUGGUGGAGGGGUGCGAAGCCGGAGGAGAGACUGUGACAGUCCCAGCCCAGAGGGUGAAGGGAAUUACUGUGAGGGGCUGGGUACUGAGGUCAUAGCCUGCAACACUGACCAUUGUCCAGUGGCGCCAUGUUCCCAGGUCCCAGGCACAGUGUUCAGUAGCUGUGGGCCCUCCUGCCCCCGCUCCUGUGAUGACCUGGCUCACUGUGAGUGGAGCUGUGAGCCAGGGUGCUAUUGCACAGAGGGAAAGAUCCUGUCUGCUAACGGGACGGUCUGUGUAGAGAGAGAGGACUGUCCCUGCUUGGACCUCAACACUGGACACAGACUGGAACCAGGAGAGGUCACCGAAGCCCUUGAUGGAUGCAACAACUGCACCUGUGAGGCAGGGGCAUUGAACUGCACUAAAGAACCCUGCCCAGUGUCAGGUGGCUGGUGUGAGUGGUCAGAGUGGACCCCCUGCUCCAGGACCUGUGGCGCGGAGUCAGUGUCCCGCUACAGGAGCUGUGGGUGUCCUGAGCCCAGGGCUGGAGGGGAGCCCUGCCCUGGAGAACAGGAAAGGCACAAUGGGAUUGGAGUUCAAAUCCAGAGACAGCCCUGCCCCGUCAUCACUUUCUGUCCUGUCCACGGUUCAUGGAGUCCCUGGUCGUCGUGGUCAGAGUGCGACGCUUGUGCAGGGUCGACAACUCGCACAAGAGAGUGCAACAGUCCUCCCGCCAGAUUCGGUGGCCUGCCCUGUCUGGGAGAGAGCAGGCAGAGAAGGGGUUGCCAUGACAAUGUCACUGUCUGCUCAGACUGUGGUGGUGGCCAGGAGGAAUGGCCCUGCGGGAAGCCCUGCCCUCGCUCUUGUUCAGAUCUCCAUGGCGACACAGAGUGCUUGGACUCCCCCGGGUGCACCCGGACCUGCGGUUGUCCCGGUGACAUGGUGCUGCAGGAUGGGGUGUGUGUGGCCAGGGAGGAGUGUCGCUGCAAAUACCACAACGGCUCUGUUACGGGUGGUCUGGGUUCAAGUAAUGCAUCAUGGGAAUGGCCUGGAGGAUCUGACUGGCAGUUCGUAAAUCCUGGAGACAACAUUAUCAGUGACUGCAAAAACUGUUCAUGCGAGGCUGGCGUUCUGCAGUGUCACUCUGUUCCUGGCUGCCAUGUCGACGGUGGCUGGAGCCAGUGGGGGUCCUGGACCGAGUGCACCCUUCCUUGCGGGGGAGGAGUCAAGUUCAGGAGACGUCUGUGUGAUAAUCCGUCUCCUCAGAGUGGUGGGAGGGGCUGCCUGGGUGUCGCUGAGCAGCAGAAAGACUGCAACACACACCUGUGCACAGACUCGGUGGGCCCGUGGCUUCCCUGGUCUCAGUGGUCCGUGUGUUCGGUCAGCUGUGGUGGAGGGCAGCAGUCGCGCUCUCGUGUCUGCAGCUCCCCCCCCUGCAGCGGCCUCAGUCGCCAGAGCAAAACUUGCAACACCCACGUCUGCCUGGAGGUGGGCUGCCCUCCCGGCAGGUUGUACAGGGAGUGUGAACGAGGUGAAGGCUGUCCCUUCAGCUGCGCUCAGGUCAGUGGCAGGGAGGGCUGCUACUCUGAUGGCUGUGAGGAAGGUUGCCACUGCCCCCCGCGCACCUACCAGCACCACGACGUCUGCAUAACGGAGUGCCCGUGUCCGGUGGAUAAAGAGUUCCUGGCCUCCCUGCAGGGUGUCUCCAUCACACCAGUCUCAUCUCUGUUCUUCCAUAACAUCUCAGAAGGGAUGGAGCUCCAGUCUGGGGAUACAUUUGUCCACGACUGCAGCACCUGUGGCUGUGAGCAUGGCAGGUGGAACUGUUCCUUGGAGCACUGCCCGAUCGAUGGCGGCCUGUCACCGUGGGGUCCCUGGAGCCCCUGCUCGCUCUCCUGUGGGGGCCUUGGAUUGAAGACUCGCUCCAGGGGCUGCACGCAACCCGCCCCGGCCCAUGGAGGGAGAGACUGCCAGGGGCCUCGCCAGGAAACAACCUACUGCCAGGCCCCUGACUGUCCAGUUGUUAUUGCUCCAACAGAAGAACCAGUGACACCAGAUGAAGACUCUGGCUUCUCUCCGUGGUCAGCGUGGAGUCCCUGCACCAAAACCUGCACCGAUGCUCUCAGCCCAGCCAUGAAGUCCCGCCAUCGCCAGUGCAUCCAGCCUCCCUGCUCCGGAAGCUCCUACCAGGAGAAGGCCUGCAACUUGCCCCAGUGCCCGGAUGACGUAUGUGUAGGGGACGACUGUGCACGCAGGAACUGUUCGUGGACAGAGUGGGGGGAGUGGGGCUCCUGUUCACGGUCCUGCGGAGUGGGCCAGCAGCAGAGGAUCAGAGCCUUCCUCAGACCCGGAAUCAACGGCUCGUGGUGUGAAGGCAUCCUUGGAGGGAACCUGGAGCAUCGCUUCUGUAACAUCAAGCCCUGCAGAGUGGAUGGGAGCUGGUCCCGCUGGAGUCCCUGGUCUCGCUGUGAUAAGCGCUGCGGUGGCGGCCGCUCCAUACGAACCCGCUCCUGUUCCAGCCCUCCGCCCAAAAACGGCGGGAAGAAGUGUGAAGGAGAGAAGAACCAGGUCAAGCCUUGCAACACCAAACCCUGCGAGGAGAAAGGGUGCCCGCCGGGCCAGGAGUUCGUGCUGUGUGCCAACCAGUGUCCACAGCGGUGCUCAGACCUCCAGCAGGGCAUAGAGUGCCAGGGGAACGCUGAAUGUCAGCCGGGCUGUCGCUGCCCUGAAGGUCAGUUGCAGCAGGACGGGUCAUGUGUGCAGCUGUGGCAGUGUGACUGCGUGGACUCGCUGGGGCAGGUUUGGGCGGCCGGUAGUUGGCAUCAGGUGGACUGUAACAACUGCAGCUGCUCUGACGGACAGCUCCUCUGCACCAAUGACAGCUGCCAGGCCACCUGCGUCUGGAGUUCCUGGUCCAGCUGGGCGCCAUGUAGCGUUUCCUGUGGGCCGGGUCAGAGGACCAGAUACAGGUCUCUUAUCCCGGAGACUGAAGGGGCAGAGUGCCAGUUUGAGGAAGUCCAGCAUAAAUCCUGCAACCCAGGACCCUGCCCACCUCUGUGUAUCCACGACAACCAGGAGCUCGGUGUGGGAGACACCUGGCUACAGGGAGAAUGCAAACAAUGCACAUGCACCCCAGAGGGAGACUACUGCCAAGACAUAGACUGCAGAGUGGAUGGCGGCUGGACACCGUGGUCAGUGUGGUCUGACUGCUCAGUGACCUGUGGUCAGGGCACGCAUGUUCGAACUCGCGCCUGUAUCAACCCCCCACCACGCAACAAUGGGUCUCACUGCAGCGGGCCAGAGAAAGAAACCCAGGCGUGCCAAACCCCUCACUGUCUGGAUGACCUUUGCCCCUGGUCGCCAUGGUCCCCAUGCUCCCAGACCUGUGGGGCGGGGUCUGUGUCCCGACGAAGGGCGUGUGUUUGCGAGGAGGGAGGAGACGCGGCGUGUCCCCCUGAGAUCGAGGCGAAGAGGAACAGUGAGGAGACUCAGCUGUGUUACAAACAACCGUGUCCAGGCUGCCCCAUGUCAGCGUGGAGUGUUUGGUCCCAGUGCUCCUGUGAGUCCCAGAGGCAGCAGCGCUAUCGUGUAGCUCUCUCCUCGGCCGUUAGGGGGCAACAGUGCACUCCUGUAGAAACGCAGAGCAGGCCGUGCAGUCUGAGUCAGUGUGAUGAGUGUGAAUCUCCAUUUGUGUACUCGCCAUGUGGUGCUCCCUGUGAGAAGCAGUGUGCUCUUCAGGGCCGUGAAGACCUGUGCUUAGGUGUCCGAGAGUGCACACCUGGCUGUUACUGUCCACAGGGUCUGCUGCAGCAGAAUGGUAGCUGUGUUCCUCCUGAGCAAUGUGGCUGCGUCCAUCUGCAAGACCAAGCUUCGGGACAACCCCCCACACCUGUCACCGUCCCUCAGGGGGCCACAGUCACCAUAGGCUGCAGUACCUGCCUUUGCCAUGAUGGAACUUUGCAGUGUGACAUGAGAGAAUGUGAAGUCAUUCUCAGCGAGUGGUCACAGUGGACUCCCUGUUCUCCUUGUGUCCCAUCGUCCUCCCUGCAGCCCAGUUCUUCACUGUCGGCUGCUAUCAAUGGGACCAGCAUGGUGUCAUUCCAGAGGCGGUUCCGGGCCUGUUUAGACCUGGACUCUGGUCUCCCUGUCACUCGAGAGGAGGAGAGCCAAUGUCCAGGACCAUUGGCAGAAGAGAGGCUCUGUCCAGAUGUCAACAUCUGCAGAGAUCUGUGCAACUGGAGUGGUUGGAGUGCAUGGACAACAUGCGCCGAGCCGUGCAGUGGUGGAGUCAGGCAGCGCUACAGACGGCCCCUGGCCUCUCCUGCUGGACUCCACUGUAGGAGCCAACAGACGCAGAGCCAGAGCUGCAACACAGGCCUCUGCCCAGGUGAGCGCUGUGAGGAUAGGGGCCGGGCGUACCACGAGAGCUGUGCCAACCAGUGUCCUCGCAGUUGCACUGACUUAUGGGAGCAUGUUCAGUGUCUCCAAGGAUCCUGCCACUCAGGUUGCCGUUGUCCUGAGGGGCAGCUGCUGCAGGACGGCCACUGUGUGCCAGUGGCUGAGUGUCGCUGUGGUAUCCCAUCCGGAAACGGGACACUGGAAUUCCUUCCGAAACAGGAGCUCACCGUUGACUGUAACACCUGUGUGUGUGAGAAUGGCACUCUGGACUGCACCGAGCUUCCAUGCCCAGUUUACGAGCCCUGGAGCCCGUGGAGCUCCUGCUCAGCUUCAUGUGGGCACGGCCAGAGAACCAGGACACGCCACUGCCAGGACACAGAGGGCGGUCCUUCCUGCGCUCAAACCACGCAGACAGAAAGCUGUGAUCUGCCAUCUUGUCCAGCGGAUUGUUUGCUGAGUGACUGGUCCACCUGGAGUGAGUGUAGCGCCACAUGUGGUGGCGGGUUGUUGAUGCGGAACAAGACAGUCCUUCAAGAGCCUGAGCCUGGUGGAGCAGCCUGUGUUGGACCACUUGAGCAGCACACUGUCUGUAACACCAACAGCUGCCUGCCCGAGUGUCCCGGCGGUCAGGUUUUCAGAGACUGUUCCGGUUCCUGUCCAUAUAGCUGUGAGGACCUGUGGCCACACACUCAGUGUGUAGCUGGACCCUGCACGCCUGGGUGCACAUGUCCCCCUGGACAGGUGUUGUUUGAAGGCUUCUGUGUGUAUCAUGCUGACUGUCCCUGUUCACCGCUCUCUUUGCCGACGGAUUACCAAAGCUUGAACGUCAGCGCUGAGGACACGGGAGCUCUUCUUCCACCAGGAACGUCCAUUCAACACCUCUGCAACACAUGUGUUUGCCAGGCUGGAGUGUUCAACUGUUCGUCAGAGGUCUGCGAUGUGGACUGUCAGUGGUCCGGCUGGUCCCCGUGGAGUCCGUGCUCAGCCAGCUGUGGGUCAGGUCAACGGAGCUCCACCAGGUUUGUCCUGCAGCCGAGCCGGUACAGCGGCGCCCUGUGUGAAGGCCUCAACCACCGCACCACAACCUGCAUUACACCCGACUGUGUUUGCCCUGACGGGGAGCAGUGGAAAAGAAGUCUGUCAGAGGAGGCCCCGCUGUGCGAGAGAAGCUGCCAGGACAUUUACUCCUCCUCCGCUGUCAACUGCAGCCGCUCGGCCGAGGGCUGUGUCUGUCGAGAGGGGCUUUACCGAAACCAGGAGGGCGCGUGUGUCAUCCCCGCCCUCUGCCCCUGCCGUGACCAGGGCGUCCUGCGGGAGGCAGGAUCGGAGUGGGAGGAGGGCUGUCUGUCAUGCAGCUGUGUGAACGGGAAGAAGCUGUGCCAGCUGAGGUGCCCAUCCCUGGACUGUGAUGAGGGGGAGGUCAAGGUGGAGGAACCAGGCAGCUGCUGUCCGGUCUGCAGAAAACAGUUUCCAGGGGAGCCGGUUCCAGAGUGCCGCCGCUUUGUGCAGGUCCGGAACAUCACCAAGGGAGACUGUCGGCUUGACAACGUGGAGGUCAGCUUCUGCAGGGGACGCUGCCUCUCCAGGACUGAUGUCAUCCUGGAGGAGCCCUACCUCCAGUCAGUGUGUGAGUGCUGUAGCUACCGCUUGGACCCACACAACCCCGUCCGUUUCCUCAGCCUGCAGUGUGAGAAUGGUGAGAAUGAGCCGGUCGUCCUGCCAGUCAUACACAGCUGCGAGUGCACAAGCUGCCAAGGAGGUGACCUGUCCAGACGCUGAGCCAGUGUGUUGAGUGUGUCUGAGAGGCGGGCGAGCGUGAGCGAGUGAGACAGAGAGUGUGUUUGGAUGGAUGGAUGGAUGGAUGGAUGGAUGGAAAAGGUCCUGAAAUAAGUUCCUGUUCAUUGCUGUGCAGUCGUUAGUCAUCAUAUGACUGGUCAUAGAGUUGUUCUUUGUUUAUUCUUCUUCACUCUGUACAGCCCUUUUCUCUACUCUCCAUUUGUAGAUUAAAUCAUCAGUGAUACAAUCUAAGUAAGACCUGUUAGGCAUCAAAGGAUGUUCUGUAUGUGUGUGUAAACAAAAUGUAAUAUAUGUACCAGCAUUUGUCCUUUAAGUUGAACUCUACUGUUGUUAACUUGAUGUUUUUACAUGUUUACAGUGCAGUUCUGAUAGACCCAUCAAUAAACACUUUCUGCACGUA